AUGUCCGUCCGACUGAAGUCUCGGCCAAAGCUCCAAACCGACCGGCCGAUCACGCAACGCGACCCGGGAAACAUUGUCCCGCGGUCGGCCAAGCUUCAAACGCUCCACGCCACGCCACGCACGACCACAGCGCGCGAGCCGGGAAACAAGGCCUCGCGGCCACGCAACCCGUUCUGCGUGCCACGGUCGAUGCAUCCGUCAGAGCCGGGAAAGAACGUCCCACGUCCGGCAGAGAAUUCUCAUCGGCCAAAUCUCAAUCCACUCGACCACGCCGGCCGACCGCAAAUCCGUCCGACCCCGACCGUUCCGACUCGCCCACGAUCCGACUGUCCGGCCGAUCGUCCCGACCGACCGUCCCAACGCCGCGGUCGACCCGAAGCCCUUUUUGAAGCCCAAACUUAUGUUUUCAAGCCCGGCUUAACCCUAAGCCGCCUCUAG